AUGCUAUUCCCAUUGCCGCCAGCAGGGGGAGACAUGUAAGGAGCACUAACAGAAGCUGAAAGCGGAAUCCAUGAAGCAGACAGUCCUGCUCUUCAGCUCAGAUUCACUCAUUAAACUGCAGACAAAAGACUGAAGAUCGUAAAGAGAUGGAGAUUUUCACAAACAUUACUCUGAUCAUUGAUGAAACAGGAUUUGAAGACAGAGAAGGACUGAAGAGGAUUGUUACUAGCUACAAUCAUAAGACAAGUGGUUCCUGUUACAGAGUGAGGGGAAGCUUUGAUGUGCUGGGCCAGCUUGUAAAGAAACUGUCAACUCUCAAUGCUGCAACACAUCCAACACCUGUGAACAGCUUUGUUAUGGACUACAUUUACAAAAGAUGUGCUGAAAAACUGGGGAAAAUUCAUGGUCAGAGUGUUGUCAUUGACUUCAGAGCUGCAAACAGUGACCCCCAGGACACAGGUCAGGUGACCUUCAGAGCACGGAAUAAAUCAUACUCUCCUGACAGGGUACAUUUGGACUUUGUGAGGCAGCGGUUCAUCACUUUCUACCAGAGAACUGCUUCUGACCUGCAUCAAAAAGAUCUCCAUCUGGCUCCGCAACAAUGUGAGGACCUGCAGAGAAGGUUUCCACUCUUGCUUUUCAAUCGAGGCCCCAGCAACACCACAAAAAUCUGUGGACCUUUUGCACAUGUGCAUAAACUGGAAGAGUAUGUUUCACAAAAUUUCAAGAGUUCAGCCAGCGGCCCAGCUAAGAACGUUCCAGCAAGCAGUCAAAGCUUUAAAUCAAAUGCUCCUUCACUCAAACACAGCAAACCUCCUGAAGACGAGUCAUGUCCAAUCUGCAUGGAGCUGAUCCCACCUGAAAAGAAAAAGGCCCUGCAGUGCAAGCAUUCUUUCUGCAAAGACUGUCUCCAAAAAGCUUUUGUCUACAAGCCUGUUUGUCCAAUCUGUGGAGAGGUGUAUGGCACUCUGGAGGGAACACAGCCUGAUGGAGGAACAAUGGACAUCAAGAGGACCGCUGACUCCUUACCUGGAUAUGAGAAUCAUAAAACAAUAGUCAUCAAUUAUCAUAUUCCAAAUGGUAUUCAAAAGGAGGAGCAUCCAAACCCUGGACAACCAUUCCAUGGAGUGUCCCGAACAGCCUACCUCCCAGACUCCUCAGAAGGAAGGAAGGUCCUGGAACUGCUCAGCAAAGCCUUUAAGCAGAGGCUCAUCUUCACUAUUGGUCGAUCCAGCACCACUGGCAGGAACAAUAUGGUCACUUGGAAUGAUAUUCACCACAAGACAUCAAUGUAUGGAGGACCAACUUGCUAUGGAUACCCCGAUCAUGAUUACCUCAACAGAGUCCAAGAAGAACUGAAAGCCAAAGGAAUCAAAUAGGAAUCAUGUACUUUAGGUGUCUAAAUACAUUAGAACUAAGUUUACACUUUAACAGUAUAAAAGGAAUGAGGUAAAAUAUUUGAAAUAAUUAUAAAACACUCAGUAUGUUGAAUCUCAACAGUGUUCUUCUCCGUUUCUAUCAGUAGCAUUUUAUGUCUUUCAGAAUCACCUUUGUUGAUCUUUAUUAAUGGAAACCAGGAACUCUAUUUUCAUACAACUUUACAUAGUUUGAAUGAAGUGUAUUCAAUAGACAGUCCAGUAUUUCUUCUGAAAAACCUCCUGUUAAACCUUAGAUGUCUUGUUCAGAAUAGAACCAGCAACCUUUUAACCAGUUGUUUGUUAUAAAAUAUGCCAGAUCAGCUCAUUUACAUUUUCUUUAGUAAUGAUUAAUUUUCAAAAUAAAACAUCCUCUGACCAGAGGCCCACUUUGGUAUGAACAGUUUUAAUUAGGUUUAUGAAUGAAACCUUCUGGCAACUAGGACGACCACUCUUAAUAUCUUCUGAGCAGCUUUCUGAAACCAAGCAUUCGUUGAUUUAGUUAUGCUUGGGAUCAUUGUCCUUCUUGAAGGACCUCUGUCCUCACAGAUACACUGACAUGUUCUCCCAAGAUUUCUUCAUACUUUAGUGCCAGAAGGAGCAAAGCAGCACACAGCAUAAGUGAGCACUGCUUUGCUUCUCUGUAGGCAUGGGGGUUCUCAGCAUUUGCUUCAUUCUUCCGCCUUCUGACAAACCUCAGAUUCCUAAAUUUCCAGGUUUGUUUAAUCACCUCUUCAGGCGAUUUAUAUAGUUGACCCUUGUUCUUUUGGGUCAGUAGAGAAGCAUAUGUUGGAGUUCAGACAUGGAGCCCUUCAGCAUUCAGUAUGUGCCUUACUGUGGAAACCUCAGUUCUUGGUGUCUCCAAAUCUUACUGCAGGUCUUUUGAAGACUUGCCUCUCCAACAAUCUGAUACCAGCCAUUGACAGCUUCCUCUUUCUGCCACCAGAUGGCAGAGCCACUGUUCCUUCAAUUACAAGUAGAAACUAGAUUGAUCCAAGGGACACCCAAAAAAUCUUCUGAAAAGGUAACUCGAUCUUGAUGUUUAUGUUGACUAUCCAACUUCUAUCUAAUAAUGGAUGUUGGUCUAUAAAAUGGUCCGACAGUUUUGUAGCAGGCUAAGCACCUCAGGUGUGUAAACAAAGGACAAGAUACCAGUCAGCCAGCAUCGUCCCACUGAACAUGUUUGGGACUAGCCUGGUUAACCAUUCAGGUAACAAAUGUAAAACUGUUGUUUUUUUUAGAUACAGCUGCACCCCUGACUGCUAAUUCAGUUGGUAGCAAAAUUUGGAAUUGUUCAGGUUUAUUCAGAGUGAACACUGAAUCCUAUUUUAAUUACCACUGCAGUCUCAAACCAAUUCAACCCCCUGAAUAUAAUUCUUUAUAAAAACACGUGUUUGUAAAACCAAGCACACCUGAUCCAACCAAUCAAGGGCUGCAUUAGGUGUGUUUGAGAUGGAACAGACAGAAAUAUGGCUACAUAAAGAAAAUCACCCAGAAAGUUCAGAGGUUAGAAAGAAGGUUCAGGCGAUGUAGAGAUAAUGACUCUGAACGUUCCAAGAAAUCCAGCUGGAAGCAGAAGUUCAAAGCUAGGCUCAAUAUAUGAGUUUCUUUGUUGAAAAUCCUGCUUUGGAACUACACCUGAUUAUAAAACUACAUCUAAGAUUGUUUUAGUCCUAAAUUGUAUUUAAUUAUACUUUUAAAAAUAUUUUGUAAUGUGAAUAAUAAUUUGAGCACUAACAAUGUCGCUGUUUUUGGGACUAGGAUAUAGUCUGCUUAAAUUGCUUUUUAAUAUUGUGUGAAGUGAUUUAGGAACAGUAAUAAAAAGCACUUUGUUAAUAAAAUCAUCUGAAUUUGA